GACCGUUCUGGGAAUGGCGGCGGCCGGGGGCGUGGCUUCCGGCGCUCCUUGCCUGCAAGUCGCCGCGGUUGAGAGCGCAGGCGGCCGCUGACAGGCGCUUUUCUUCAGACGGCUGCGGCGGGAUCCCUGUCAGGCGGGCGGCCUCCAGCUCUCGUCCCCGCGUCCCGGCCCGCGAAGUUCCAGGGCGCCGGGGCAUGGAAGAGGGGAAAAUGGACGAGAAUGAAUGGAGUUACCAUGGCGAAGGCAACAAGAGCCUUGUGGUGGCCCACGCGCAGCGCUGUGUAGUUCUGCGUUUUCUGAAGUUUCCUCCAAAUAAGAAGAAGACCUCAGAAGACAUACUUCAGCAUCUGCAGAACAUAGUAGACUUUGGCAAAAAUGUCAUGAAAGACUUUUUGGGAGAAAACUAUGUUCAUUGUGGGGAAGUUGUUCAGCUGCCUUUAGAGUUUGUGAAACAACUGUGUUUAAAGAUACAGUGUGAAAGACCAGAGUCCCGUUGUGACAAGGACCUGGACACACUCAGUGGUUAUGCUAUGUGCCUUCCCAAUUUAACCAGACUUCAGACCUUCCACUUUGCAGAGCACCGGCCGAUUCUGUGUGUAGAGAUUAAGCCAAAAUGUGGGUUUAUUCCUUUCUCAAAUGAUGUUACCCACGAGAUGAAGCACAAGGUGUGUCGAUACUGCAUGCACCAGCACCUCAAGGUAGCAACUGGAAAGUGGAAGAAAAUCAGUAAAUACUGUCCCCUUGACCUCUACUCAGGAAAUAAGCAGCGUAUGCACUUUGCCUUGAAGAGUCUGCUGCAGGAGACACAGAAUAAUCUUAGGAUAUUUAAGAAUGGAGAGCUGAUUUAUGGUUGUGGUGAUGCCCGGAGCCCUGUGGCUGACUUGAAGGAGCUUGCACAUCACCUGAAGCCCUUCUUCUUCCCUUCCAACGGCUUGGCCAAUGGGCCUCAUUGCACGAGGGCUGUGAUCCGAGAACUGGUGCAUGUUAUCACCAGGGUGCUGUUGAGCAGCUCAGACAAAGGCCGAGCGGGUGCCCUGAGGCUUGGGCUCCAGGGCCCACGAGUCUGUGAAGCCAGCCCUUUCUUCAGGAGCCUACACCACCAAGGAAAAAACACCCCAGAGCACUCGGGGUUACCGAAGGGCUGUCUUCUGUACAAAACCCUCCAGGUGCAGAUGUUGGACCAGCUGGACAUCGAAGGCCUCUACCCUCUGUACAACCGGGUUGAGCAAUACCUGGAGGAGUUUCCUGAGGAGAGGAAAACACUACAGAUAGAUGGGCCUUAUGAUGAAGUAUUUUACCAGAAACUGCUUGAUCUGUCCACUGAGGAUGAUGGGACAGUGGCCUUUGCAUUAACAAAGGUGCAGCAGUAUCGAGUAGCCAUGACUGCCAAGGACUGUUCCAUCAUGAUCUCACUUUCCCCUUGUCUACAGAGCACCAGCUCUGAUCAGAGGCCUGUUAUCCCUUCGUCAAGAUCUCGGCUGGCCUUCUCUGUGUCUGUAUUGGACCUCGACCUCAAGCCCUAUGAGAGCAUUCCUCACCAGUAUAAACUAGACAGCAAGAUAGUCAACUAUUACUCAAAGACUGUGCAUGCCAAAGAUGACACUGUGAGGUCGACUCGGUUCAAGGAACAUGAAGAUUGCACAUUAGUUCUCCAUAAGGCAGACCAUCAUGCUGGGGAUAUGGGGCAGGAAGACCGCUUCUGCCUCUUACAGUGACUUUGUACUUCUACCUGUCCUGUUUCCACUUCUCAUCCCGGAGGACAAUGACUCUCAGAACCAAAGAGCCUUCUUCCAGGCUUUCCCUGGUCUUAAGGAGAUGCCAUCUGCCCUGCUUCCUGGCCUCUGAUAGUUUACUGGUUCCUUCCUUUCUACUUGCCUCUGCCUUCAUUAAAUUUUGUAUUACCUCAAGAGCUGAUGGUUAAGACAAAAGAAAACAAGGAUUCCUGGGAGAAAGGAAGCCAGAUAGGAGGGCAACUGUGAUCGCAGAACAGGUAACAGGGUAGGAGGAACUUACUUUAUGUACAGCAGUUCUAGUGCUCAAAGAGCUUUUGUCUAACAAAUCAUGGAACAUUCAGAGAUGUAAAAUUAUACCUAUUUUUAAAAUAAGAAAAACAUGGCUCACAUACAUGCACUGAUGUUUUAGUCUCCCAGAGCCAGGAUGGAAACAGCAGCCUGAGCUGGGCCCCUGCGAUCCAGCUUAGGUGCCAAGUCGAGUGCAGGACAUCAAAGCAGGAGACUGCCAUAGAAGCUCCAGGGGCCUCCUGAGGUCCUUCCAGGACCAUUCUAUACUGUUUCCUUAUAUACAUUUUCCCAGAAGUUUGACAUAACAGAAGAAUUAUGAAGACUGGGCAUGGCUUGUGUAUAAAACCUUGCUGGUAGUAUCUUACAUUAGUAUAGAUGACUGUUUCUAAAACCAGCAUCAACAUUAUAACAAGUCCUUACCAAGUUCAGAUCUCUUCAUUUUUACUACCAGGAGUCCAUGAAAACAUGUUUGAGACUAGUGAGAAAAGAGUCCCAGUUUACUCUUGCAUCUCUACUUUCCAUUUCUCUAUAAAACAUUUUUAUUACCAUUCAUAUUGCAAUGAAAUAACUCUUGAAUUAGAGGAAAUGAAGAGGAAGUAAAAAAAAAAAAAAUCCUUGCAUGUUCUAAAAUGGAGUUGUUUUCCUAAAGUACCCUGAGUAAAAUACUGCAGAAAUCUGGACAAAUUAAUUUGAAAUGAUAUAGCAGAACGUCUGGUGUGGGUGUGUGCGUGUGUGUACGUGUGUGCGUGUGCGUGUGCGUGUGUGUGUGUGUGUGUGUGUGUGUGUGUGUGGUCACAGAAGGCUUUGCCAGCUUUAUUUUUGCUGACACAGAUCUUGCCCACCUGUUUUUGGGGCCCAGUUUACCUGUGCAUCAAUGCCUUACAGACAGCCCCUGCCCCACAGGGAACAGAGUUCAGAUUUCCUACCUCUGAAACUGAAAAGUUGGCACAGGGAGAUAGCAUAAGUGCUAAGUGACUGGUAGAUGGUUUGUGCUCCAUCCUCCAUGACCAGGGACCAUCUCUACAGCUUUAGCUCUGCCAUGAGCUACAGGAACCCAUCAAAUUCCUUUUCUGCAUAAGCGAAUGUAAAUUGAUUGCCUACCAUCUAUGUUGCCCUGAAAGUCUUACUAAAAAACCACUUGAGUAAACUGACAGUUACUUUGGGAAACUAUUAGAUAACAUAUACUCAAGCCAACAGACAUGUACCCCAUGAUUCAUUAAUUAUAAACCAAAACUGUACCUAUUCUCACACACUCACAGCAAUACUAUUUAUUACAGGUGGAACUGGGCAGGACCUAGGAACAGAAUGGUAGAUCCUUUGUGAAUUCCAUAUCAUGAUGUGAUAAAAGAUUUGUGAUCACACACACCACUCCUACAACCUUUUCUACCCAUGAAGGUGUACAUUAGGCUGGGCUCUCCACCAGCCAGCAGAGUGAUUCCUAGAAGCAAGGACUGGAAAGAGGACAGGGUUUCUGGAGACUGUCCCACUUCGUGAUUUGGGUGGUGGUUAUAAUACAAACUCCUUUUGUGAAAAAUUAUUAAACUGUAUAUUUAUGAUAUAUGUCCUUUUCUUUGUCUUAUUUUACCAAAAGUAAAAAGAUAAAAGACAGCAUGAAUGACCUCAUGAAGCAUAAAACUUGAUGAAAAAAAGCAAA